AUGCCGCCCUCGUCGAACAGAAAGCUGCGCUCCCGUAGGGAGCCUGACCCGCAACCGCCAUCCGACGCCGACACGCCCGAGUCGAUAUCCACCCCCUCCAGGAAGCGCAGACGGUUGAACAACGGCGCCGAGCGCACACCCGCGCUGGUUGAAGAUGCCCCCCGCGCGCGCGACACCGACUCUCCGCAAAGCGAUGAUUCGAACAGAACCCUCUCCAACGGACUCGAUGCCGACAACCCAAUGGACCCGGUGGAGAAGCAGAACACCCUGAUUGCCCAUCUUGCGGUCCCCAAAGACUAUCUGCCGAACGCAGCUGUCCACUACAACAACGACUUACAGGCCCGCCGGAACCCAGGCACGACGCCCGCGUUUGCGAAAAUCGCGGCCCGCGACUGGUGCUACUUCGUCAACAAGAUGACAAUCCUGAUCGGAAGGGUAGAGAAAACCCAUAACCCGCCUCCUGCGGAGUCGAAGGAUGACCCAACGCCGGCGCCUCCCAACGACGGCACCGAUAUGCCUAACCAAUGGCAGAUCGACAUCGACCUUGGACCAGAGCGCCAGGUUUCCAGAGUACACGCCUCAAUCGACUACGAAUCGGAGAAGCAGUCUUGGUACAUUAAUGUGAGCAGUCGGAAUGGCCUCAAACUCGACGAUAGGAUGUUGGGUCGAGGGGAAAAGGCGUUGCUCCACUCGGGCAUCUGCAUCUCCCUUAUGGGCACCCAGAUGCUGUUCCUCCUUCCGAACGCCAAAGACGAGUUCCACCCAAUGCUCCAUCGCCAGGUUCGGUUGGGGCAUGAGCACGAAGACUUUGACGGCGGCAGACGUGCUGCUCGUCAACAACAGCCACCUUCCAGCCAUCACCCUUCUUCUCCAAAGCGGGAGCCUUUCAAUCCCUUCCCGCCAGCUUCUCACCCCCGCAACCAGCAACACUCGUAUCACAGCAGUCAGCUGACAUCCACUCCUGGUCGUGGUCAACUAAGUACCCCAGUUGCCCCUCGCUCGGGAGGGAAGGAACCACGUAGCCGGCCAUCGCCUUCUGCCUAUCCGAAAGGCAUCAUGUUGGAUUCUAUGGAAGAGAUUGAUUACAGUCUGGACUCGUCUAAGGAUAUCAAACCCCCGCACAGCUAUGCGCAAUUGAUUGGACAAGCAAUUUUGACCAGCCCGGAGGAAAUGCUGACUCUAGCAAACAUUUAUGCCUUUAUUAAGGAGAGAUACGCUUUCUUCAGACACAGCACUGGUGGUUGGCAGAACUCCAUCCGGCAUAAUCUAUCUUUGGCCAAGUCUUUCGAGAAAGUAGCCCGACGAACCGACGAACCAGGAAAGGGCAUGAAGUGGCGCAUCGCGGACGAAUACCGUGACGACUUUGUCAAGAAGACUCUAUUCAGUACCCGCAAGGGCCAAGCCCGUAUGGACUCUUCUGGGCCUAACUCUCCUGCGAUCAAGGAAUCGGGUUCGACGCAUGCAACAGAACGCCUGAUGGGAGCCAUCAACCAGAGUGACGGCAUCAUCCCAUUUCCAAAGCACGAGAUCGGCGCUGCUCGCGUGAAGACGCCUCCGAGAUCCCAAACUCCACCGCUGGCUUCUUAUCCCACCACGAACGACUCAUAUACCCCUGAUCGAGGACCUAAUCUACAGACAUUCGGCGGAAAUCACCCCAAUACGUCUAAUGGAGCGCAUAUGCACACCACACCUAAUCCCAAGCGUGACUCUCCGGCGCUGGAUCAAGAUGCUCGAGCAAAGAGUGGAGAGGGAAGCAAGACCGUGAAAAACCCGGCAUCUCGCCAAGACGCUUCCAGCAAAACACGGGGCUUGAACGAGGCAGCUGCAAACUCGCCGCCUACUCUCUACUCUGAUUCUGUAGCGAAUGGCGGUGCGGAUCUUGGUCGACCGGGCAAUGCUGGCCUUGUCACCCCUUUAGUGGCACGUCAUGCACCACGCUUGGCUCCUCCGAGUACCGCUCAAGUCCCUAGCCAGUACAUCAACUUCUCGAGUCCAGCCGCUUUCUGGAAAUAUCUGCCCAGUACGCCCGCUGGAGCCCCUAACAUCGAUACCAGCCCGAUCAAGAUGAAGAAGCCUAACGAGGCUGCCGAGGGCGCAGACGAAGAGUCUGCCCAACCGAGCUCGCCUCCCGUGAUGUUCGACGAUAAGGACAAGAACGAUGAAGACGAGGACGACGACAAUGAAGGAGACGGUGACGAUGGCGAAGAAGACAUCGAGAUGAACAGCCCGAGUCGGACUUUGUCGAGGCCAGUUAGCCGACGCGACGGAGCUCGAGAUCGCAUCUCGGAGCCGAUUACCGCCGUGCCAAAUGGAGUGCGUAACUCGAAUGGCAUGGUCCGAGGCGCCAGUCUUGCGAUUUUGGAUGACGAUGACACAGAGGGCAUCGACCUUACCAAGGGAUUCCAGAAGAUCGGCAGCUUCCAUCGCAACAUGGCGCAGCAGAACCAAGGCGUCAUUCGGGCUCCCUGA